UCUCAGCACAUUUGGAGGAAGGUAGUCUUUUUACAGCGACAGAUUUGCUACUUGGAGUCCAGCUUGGAGCUGAUCUUUGCAUAUCAGUUUUUUUUCCCCAAACAUUCAUGAACUUCUAAGCAACAUUUCAAAGGCGGAACAGGUAUUGAGAUUCAAAUUGAGAUUCAAUUGGCUGGAAGAUCAAGAGUUCAAGAAUUAUGAGUUCUAAAAUUCAUGAUGGCAGUACUUAAAUAAGGUCCGAUCAGACUCUAGAAGGGAGGAAAAAAGGAUGAUAAAAACCUAAUCUAAGACGUACCAUCUAAUGUACCAGUUUAUCUGAUGUACAACCAAGAUUAAUUAUGUGCCAUCAAAGUUAAUGUCAACUGUUAACCCAGGAAGUCUCUACAGGAAUUCCAAUGGUGCACCCCACUGUCACUGUAACCAAGUCCUUCCACCUCUCCAAGCAUUAGGACCUUUGCUAGAAAACGAAGUUUUCACAUAAUCUGAGAGAUAAGAACCACAGAAGCAUCCCAAGAAGUCAUGUUACGGAAAAAGUUGGUGGCAGCACAGAAACGAGGGGAGACCAGGGCCCUAUGGCUAGGUUUGGGAAUGAUGGCCUGCUCAGCAAUGAUGUAUCUUUUUAUUGGUAUCGUCCUGGUGUAUUUACAUAGAAGAAGUGUCUGGGCUGAUAAAAGUGAAUGCGAUGUAGUAAAAGCUAACAUCAAGGAAGACCAAUGUUCAUCCAUUGAAGGCUCUGAGGAUAAAUAUAUUUUUCACUAUCCUUGUCUGGAAGUCUAUGUGAAUUUAACCCAUUUAGGCCAAGUAGUAAUGCUGUACUAUACAGAGCAAACUGUGGAAAGAAAUCCCAAGUGCUCUUAUAUCCCCCUUGUUAUGGGGAAUUAUGAACAAGUUCAGCAGCAAGUAGAAGAGGCAAGAGAUUAUUUCAGAAUGAAUCAAAGGAUUCCUUGCCACUAUGACCCAUCAGGAGAAGAAAAGAGCGUCCUUUUCAAGAGAUUGUACCCCCCAGAAGGCUUUCUAAUUGCUUUUGCCUGCCCAAGUAUGCUGUUGAUUGGUGGGAUCUUGAUAGUCAUCUUGGUAAAACUAAAUCAGUAUCUUGCCUUAGUCUCUGCUAGACAACGCAGAACAGUCAUGUAGCUUUUUCUAACUAAGAUCUGGACUUUGUAUUCACCUUUGCACAGGUAGUCCUCAACUUACAACAGUUCAUUUAGUGACUGCUCACAGCUACAAUGGCACUGAAAAAAGGGG